GAGACAGCGCUACUUUCUCUACUCGACCUGAGUGUCAUAAUCAACUGUUAACUCCCCUCCAGGUAGCCAUGGCUGACGAGUCCCGGCCUCGCUUCACGCUGUACUAUACUCCAACAUCGUACUAUUCCCAUAAGGUGCUGAUGGCUCUGUAUGAGAAAGGAGAACUGUUUACGGAGAGAGUGGUGCACCUGGGAAAGGGCGAGGGGUAGCCAGGUGGUACAUGGAGGUCAACCCCGCGGGACAGGUGCCCGUACUGGGAGAUAGAGGCAAGCUGAUACCCGAGUCCGAAGACAUCAUCGAAUACAUCGACAGGGAGAUUGCAAAUGAACCCAAACUAGUUCCAUCGCUAGACACAGACCUUGGAAAACAUGUUGAGAAAUUCCGAAAACUGUUAAAACAGACCCCAGUAGAGGUCCUCACGCAUGGACUGAUGCACAACCCCGAGAUGGCCCCUGGGGGCACCUGCUCCCCUACCCAUAAGGCAGAAAGGGAUGAGUAUUUCAUACAACAAGAAGCAAAGCUGACCCGAAUGGCGGAAGAAGAGGCCGAUUUGAAAGAUGCCUACCUGAAAAAAGCAGCUGGUGUCAAGGCCAGGUCAGAGGUCGUGAGAGACCAGUCACGUGUCCAGGCCGCCAUUGACGCAGUGCAUCCGGUACUGGACGAAGUUGAAGAUCAGCUGACAAGGACGAAGCAAGGUGUGGAAGGCGAGAGCUGGCUCUGUGGGCGUGGCUUCACGGCGGCUGACAUUAACCUGGUGGUUCUGUUGAAGAGACUGACGAAGUUGGGACUCUUCUCUAUCUAUUGCUCCAUCAACAACCGGAAGUCGCUGUGGGACUACUGGGAGAGGGCACAGAAGAGGCUGCCCUUUAUUAAGAUCAUAGAAGUCGAGAGAAACUAUUUGAAAUGCUUGCAGAAAUGAUGAAAGUUGAACACACCAGGAGGUGCAGGAAAGAGGCAGCGUAACGGAUGUUAUUCAAUGUCCCUAUAUUCAUUUAGAUUUUACGUACAGGUAAUUAUCUUUAUCGAAUCGUCCUCAGAACACAGAGUGUAGUUUAGUGUACAAGACAUGUAUCCCUCUUGCACGACAACGGUAUUAGAAUGUAUACCGAAACGCCACAAAGUAAUAUAAUAGGGAACCUAUCACAUAAAGAACCUGUCACCUACUCAUCAACUUCUAAAUGCCAAUCGAAUAGAUCACGAUAUUUAUCAACAUAAGCAGCAACUUACAGCUGAAUCUAAUCGGCACGAAUACAGAGCUAUAUUGGUU